AUGGGGCUCGAGGAUAAGGUUGCUGCCGGAACAGUACGAUUCUUGUACCAUUCUUCAGCGGAAAAAGCAUUGCAGCCGUCCGAUUCGAGCAGAGGACGAUUGAGGCGAGGAGCUAAAGACAUCUGGAAAGAUUCGCUCGACAUAGCUUACAAUGGAAUCAACAAAACAAGCAGUGUCAAGGAAUUUCCAGUGAUAGCUUUUGUAUUCGCAAGUCCUAAAGUUGGAGGUCUCAAUUUUGUUAACGCAUUUAACAAAUUGAAACAUCUUCACAUCAUAAGAAUUCAUAACUUAUUAGAUAUUGUACCAAAAUACCCAUCCAUUGGGUAUUUCGACGUUGGACAGAAAAUAGUAAUUGACACCACAAAAUCCCCUUAUUUGAAAUUGAAUCCUGGGGACCCACACACUAGGCAUAAUUUGGAAGGUUACUUUCACGAAAUUGAUGGUACUCAAGGAAUUGGACCUUUAGAUGGUUGUAAACUAGAGGUGAAUCGCGAUCUCGCACUUGUGAACAGGAUAUGGGACAUCUUAAAAGAUGAAUAUUUGGUACCUGGAGCUUGGUGGGUGGAGAAGCACAAUGGGAUGGUUAAACAAGAAGAUGGAAAAUGGAAUCUCAUGGAUUGUGAGGAGUAUGAGCUUUGA